GAUCCCCUUAUAAAUAGUUCACCUCUGAAAUUAUUCUUCAGAAUUUAGUACGUUAUGGUAGCUAUUCUUGCUAUACGUAAACCUAGCUAGGUGGUUUUAUAUUGAGGAUAUAAAGAAUUUUCUUUGAGCUCUUGGUAGAGAAUAACCUGGUCUUUAGACUUCGUUGCCUGAGAUGGGUUCAAGUGGUGCUGUUGCUGACACCAAUUACAGAGAAAAUAAAGCAACAGAAACCCAUGAUCAAUACCUGCAGAAAGGAGUGAGACACUUGUGUGAAGGAGGGCUGACUAGAGUUCCAACCAAGUACAUACUGCCCAAGGAGGAACGACCCAAUUCAGCAAUAGGAGGAGAGACUAUUCUCAAGUUACCAGUUAUUGAUUUCGCUCAGUUGCAAGGCUCCAGCAGCAGAUCCCAAGCAUUGAACUCCCUCGCAAAAGCUUGCGAAAAAUUUGGAAUUUUUCUGUUGAUAAACCAUGGUAUCACAGAUGAAGUUAUAUCAAGAAUGACUGAUGUAAGUAAAAGGUUUUUUGAGCUUCCUUUCGAUGAGAGAUCAAAGUACAUGUCAAAGGAUAUGGCUUCCCCAGCUAGGUAUGGAACAAGCUUUAACCAAAACAAUGAUGAAGUGUUCUGCUGGAGAGACUUUCUCAAGCUUAGUUGCCAUCCUUUAUCAGACAGUGCUCCUUCUUGGCCAUCAUCUCCUGUGGACCUAAGGGAAACAGUAGUGAACUAUUCAAAGAACACGAAUUUUUUGUAUCUAGAGCUGUUGGAGGCUGUCAUGGAGAGCCUUGGACUGAUGGAAACUACAAAGAGUUCUGGUACAGAGAAAAUAGACACCAGGACCAGUACUUUAGAUGAAUUUGAAGAUGGAAGCCAACUGAUUGUGGUGAAUUGCUACCCUGCAUGCCCUGAACCUGAUUUAACCCUAGGCAUUCCACCUCAUUCUGAUUAUGGCAUCCUCACUCUUCUCCUUCAAGACCAAGUCCAGGGUCUUCAAAUACAGCACCAAGGAAAAUGGGUGACCGUGGAACCACUUCCGAAUUCAUUCAUCGUCAACGUUGGUGAUCAUCUUGAGAUAUUUAGCAAUGGGAGAUACAAAAGCGUGCUGCAUAGGGUUGUUGUCAACUCAUCCAAGUCUCGAAUCUCUGUUGCUUCAUUGCACAGCCUGCCAUUCGACACCGUUGUUCGGCCUUCACCUAAACUCGUCGACGAAGCCAACCCUAUUCGUUACAGGGACACAGACUUUGCCAAUUUUCUCGAGUAUAUUGCUUCGCGUGACCACCAGACGAACAGUAAGAGUUUCUUGCAAUCGAGGAAAUUGGCUUGAUUGAUCGAGCACAGAAAAAAAAAAGAUAUCAUUAGAUUUUUGGCAUUUUGACUUGGUGACUGGACUGCGAAUCAUAGGAAACACUAGAAAAUUGAAGUUUCAACAUUAAUUUUGUUGGAAUGGGAUGUCUUGACCCAGCUUUUCUGGAAAAUAAAAGGGAAUUCCGUAUUAUUAAGGAAAAAUAAAUAAACAAAUGCGUGGAUAACUAUUGUAAUUUGCUACUUUGUGGCGCG